AUGAUGCCAAUGUUGAAUCCAAGGAUCUAUGAAGUAUUUAUGUUAUUUGUAUUUAUCUUCAUUGAGGAGGCAAUAAGAGGGAAGCCAACUGUUAAACCUGCUAAAGAUGAUGCCAAUGAUGAAACCAAGGAUAUAGAUGAGAAGAAAGAAAUUCGCCAAGAACCUCCUAUCCCUCAUGCCCCAGAUGAGCCAGACAAGUCUGAGAAAGAUGGAAAGGAAGAAAUUAAAGAAGAACCAGCAAGAGAGGAGAAGGACACUGCUAUAGCAGAUGCUGAUCACCUUAAGGAUGGUGAUGCCAGCAAGAAUGAUAAGAAAGCUGAUGGUGAGAAGUCCAAGAAGGAUCUCCAACUUGAACAAGAGAAGCAGGAAGAUGCAAAGAAGCAGAAAGACCUGAUUGAUACGCUCGAGAAACAACAAGAACAACAAAAGCAGCUCAUUGAGGAGCAAAAGGAGUUGAUCAACGAACUGAAGGAACAUAAGAAAGAGCAUGAAAUUGAGAAAGCUAUUGAAAAAGAGGAGAAAGCCAAAGAGAAGCAGGAGAAAGAGCGAGAAAAACAACAGAAAGAGCAAGAAGAGUUAGAGAAAAAACAGAAAGAGGAACUUGAAAAACAGAAAGCAGAGUUAGAAAAACAGCAGCUAGCCAUAGAUGCAGCUAAAUUAGCAAAUCAACAGCAGCAGCAACAGCAGCAGCAAAAAGAGCAGCAAAAUCUAGAGGAUCUUAAACAGCAAGUGCAGCAAAAUAUACAAGGACAGCAAAAUGUUGCGCAGCAAAAUAUUGCACAACAGCCUGUUGGUAUUCAAAAUGUGCAAAAACCUGUGGUAGACAAUGCACAGCAACAAGCUAUUCUAAACAAUGCACAACAGCCUGUUGGAAACAAUGCACAACAGCCUGUUGGAAACAAUGCACAACAGCCUGUUGGAAACAAUGCACAACAGCCUGUUGGAAACAAUGCACAGCAACCUAUCCAGCAAAAUAUCCCUGUUAAAAAUGAACCAAAUAUUGUACAAAAUAAUCAAGGGAAUCCUAAUAUAGCCCAGAAUGUGCAAGCACAAAACAUUCCUCUGCAAAAUGUGCAACAGCAAAAUGUGCAGCAGCAAAAUGCUCAACACCAAAAUGCUCAACAGCAAAAUGUGCAACAGGGACAAGUUGGAGAAGAGCAUAAAGUUUUGGCCAAUGAGGUUGUAAAUGAAAUACUCAAGGAUGUUGGGCUACAACAGAAGCUGCAGGACGGUAUUAAGAAUGCUGCAGGGGCAGGUUAG